GAGCUAUUAGCGGCGCACGUCUGUAUGAGCAUUCAGCAGCAUGCUCCGCUGUUGCCGCUGGUACUUGGUGGUCGGACUCGGCUUGGGAGUCGCGGCCACCGGGCUUAUCUUUUUCCUCGCCUGGCGGGACAUCUUCGACACACUCGUCAACGAGGAAAAGGCACUAGUACCAGGCACCGUAUUUUACAAGGAAUGGCGACGUCCAACGGUUCGGCCCCUGUGGAGCGUCUACAUGUUCAACUGGACCAACGCGCCGGCUUAUCUGAGCGACCCGCGCGCCUCGACCGCCACCUUCGAGGAGGUUGGCCCCUACACGUAUGAAGAGCUCAGCGAGAUGGUGGACGUGAAAGUGUUCCACGGAAACGGUACGAUAGGCUACCGCAGACGUAUCGCCUUUCGCCGGUGGCCCUCAACGCAAGCGACGAUGGCGGCCACCCCCGAACCCAACAUCACCACGGUGAACUUUGCCGCUGUGGGAGCCGCCUUUGCGGUGCGCCACCUGGACUACGGCGCGCAGCGCGAGUUGUCAUUUCUGUUGCACAACCUACGGCAGCACCUAACGGUGGCCGGGCCGGCCGACCAGCUGCUGUUCACCGGGUACCACCCGGACCCACUGUUGGCCCGGUGGCGUGAACUGUUCUGCAGGCCACCGAACGCCUCGGACGCGGUGCUGUGCCAGCCCGAGCGGCUAGCGUACUUCCGGACGCUCAACAGCACGCGCAAAUCGAGCCCGCUGUACUACUACCUGAACGUUGGUAUCCGCGAUCGCCGGUCGUACGGGGAGGUAAACCUGGAGCCAUGCGCCCGCGGAGCGGACGAUUGUGCCGGCUCGAAGGCACCCAGUGUCGGCGGUUUCACGGGUGACCUGUUCCCGUCGCGGAUCGACCGCACCAAGCCGCUGGCGCUAGUGCUGGUGGACCUUUGCCAAAGACUGUCACUGGUGUACGACCGUGAGACGGUGGUUGCCGGUAUCGUGGGCUACCGGUUCGUGUCCGCCUCGGGCCCGGGCCCGAGCCAGCCAACCUGGCCACCGCGCAACAAUGGUUCGGGACCGUUCCACUACGGGAUGGUGAACUCCUACGAAUGCACUGGACUGCCACUGUUUGGUGAUCCCGUCCGGUCAGACUCGACAGCCAAUCGGAGCGCAGAGAUCGUACUCGUCCUGGAGCCGAUUACGGGCACCGUGCUCAAGUCGUCCAUCAGCGUGCAGUUCCAGACCGUGUUGCGGCCGAACGCCCACAUAGCGUUGUUUCAGGACCUUCCAGUGGUGAACGUGCCGCUGUUUCGGUUUACCCGGCACUACCAGCUACCGGAAGGGAGCACGCAUCGGCUCAAGCGCCUGCUCCAUCUGCUCGAGGUCGGUCACCAGGCUGCCAUCUCGGGCUGCUGCCUGGGGGUGCUGCUGGUGGCGUUGGCAGUGAUUUACAGCCUCUGCAAAGGCCGCUGCAAUAGGCAGAAGCAGAAGCCCCAGGCGAUCCCCAAGUCGAGCAGCGACUACACCAUCAUCGGCACGCAGUUGAGCAACAACGGAACCGGUGGCUGUUGACUGAACGAGCGACCAGUUGUUGUAGGUGAACAGAGUUGAGCUACUAUUUGCAGAAUCCAACCAUACUCCAGAUAAUUUAUGGUACUUGCGGAUGUAUGACGUACUUUUGUCCGUCAUCGACCGACCCCAUGUUUAGUUGUGUAACUCUAACUGCAUGCCCGCUGUGUGCACAUUUGGCUGUGAAUCGUUACCCAAGUACAUGAACACUGUGCAUUCUGUCCAACAAAUCUGCUAGGCGGUGGUGGCUGAGUGGUCCAAACGUUUUAAGGAGUUGAAGGGGAAGACGAUGAAUGUGACCAGCGCUCCCGGCGGCUUGUGACUACAAAAAGAAACUUGAAUAUUCAAAGAGUGGCCGAAAUAAUUCCAAAACAAACUUGGCGUUUAUAUAUUACUGUCAUUUCUCUGAACACGUGAAUUUUAGUAGCAAAAAAAAAAACGGAGAGACAUAAAGAAACCCGAGAUGGGGUCAUCCAUUCAGACAACGCACCAAUAACUAUUUGGCCAAACAACAGGUCACAGUUACGGAACAGCCGCCCUAUUCGUCAGACUUCGCACUCUUCGGCUUCUUCCCGGUCGCAAAGCUCAAAUCCUGCUUGGAAGGUACCUAUCAAGAGUCAUUAGACGACGCAAAACAGAACGCGUCGCAGCUACCCAGCAGCCUGUCGGGAAAUGAUCUGUA